AUGCCAGGGGUCACUGCUGCGAUAGAGAAGAUCCUGGAGAUCGAAGACGGCGACAAGGCCGUAAGCCUUCACCGUCGCGUAUUGCUGGAGCAGCUGUUGAAAAAGUGGGCAUGGCUGGACGACUCCGAGAGCAGUAGCAGUUCUAGCGACGACGACGACGGUGGGCCACCUGCUCCAGCCAUCGCUGGCGUGAAGCGUGAUCGAGAUGUUGGCGACAAUGAGGUCAAGCAGUCAUCGAACGAGAAUGCGGCAGAUCAAGCAGGUGCCUCGCCCACUUUUGCAGAUGCAGAACCUGGACCGUCCAAGCGCCCGAGAGUGGACGAAGAACAGUGCCUGGAUUGCCGUCCAGGGCCUAGCGGUCUUCAGUCCAGUCACAUCCCAGCGGGGGUCGACGACGAGGAUGACCCGUAUCCUGUGAAAGUCGCGCCAUUCCCAGACUGGCUGGACUUUGCAGGCACGGUGGCUGAUGAACCAGCGAUAGAGAAGAUCCAGGAGAUCGAAGACGGCGACAAGGCCGUAAGCCUUCACCGUCGCGUCUUGCUGGAGCAGCUGUUGAAAAAGUGGGCAUGGCUGGACGACUCCGAGAGCAGUAGCAGUUCUAGCGACGACGACGACGGUGGGCCACCUGCUCCAGCCAUCGCUGGCGUGAAGCGUGAUCGAGAUGUUGGCGACAAUGAGGUCAAGCAGUCAUCGAACGAGAAUGCGGCAGAUCAAGGAGGUGCCUCGCCCACUUUUGCAGAUGCAGAACCUGGACCGUCCAAGCGCCCGAGAGUGGACGAAGAACAGUGCCUGGAUUGCCGUCCAGGGCCUAGCGGUCUUCAGUCCAGUCACAUCCCAGCGGAGGUCGACGACGAGGAUGACCCGUAUCCUGUGAAAGUCGCGCCAUUCCCAGACUGGCUGGACUUUGCAGGCACGGUGGCUGAUGAACCAGCGAUAGAGAAGAUCCAGGAGAUCGAAGACGGCGACAAGGCCGUAAGCCUUCACCGUCGCGUCUUGCUGGAGCAGCUGUUGAAAAAGUGGGCAUGGCUGGACGACUCCGAGAGCAGUAGCAGUUCUAGCGACGACGACGACGGUGGGCCACCUGCUCCAGCCAUCGCUGGCGUGAAGCGUGAUCGAGAUGUUGGCGACAAUGAGGUCAAGCAGUCAUCGAACGAGAAUGCGGCAGAUCAAGGAGGUGCCUCGCCCACUUUUGCAGAUGCAGAACCUGGACCGUCCAAGCGCCCGAGAGUGGACGAAGAACAGUGCCUGGAUUGCCGUCCAGGGCCUAGCGGUCUUCAGUCCAGUCACAUCCCAGCGGAGGUCGACGACGAGGAUGACCCGUAUCCUGUGAAAGUCGCGCCAUUCCCAGACUGGCUGGACUUUGCAGGCACGGUGGCUGAUGAACCAGUGCAAGACCCGGAUCUUUCUUUUCUUGACCUCUAG